CGCAAACUGCGGUCGCCUUGAUAAUAAAUAAAUAAAUUCAAACGUGAGGCGCGAGAACCUAAAUGCAAACAGCCCAAUUAAACUGGCAUAAAUACUAUACGAAACAAUUGUUUGAAAUAUAUCUAGAAUAUAUUUAUUUCAAAAUAAACAAAUAUUAUGUUCAGCAGAAGUCACAUCGUUUUGGCCAGCUCUUUGCUGUUGCUAAUCGCCCUGCCAGUAAUCCGUGCCGAUCUCAUGUGCUACGUGUGCGAUGACUGUGCCCAGCUGCCCAAGGAUGCACCACUGCUGGCGUGCAAUGAGGAUUUCUUUAAUCCUGGCGGCAGCACGGAAGCCUCCACGGUGACCACCACCACAACCACCGAGGCGAGCACCACCACGUCACAGGAGACCACAACCACACCGGAAACCACCACUGUGAUCACGAGUGUUCAGACGGAUCCACCCACAACGGAGUCCACGACCACGACAGUGGAGACCACCACCAGCGAUCCGACCACCGAGAGCACAGAGACCACCCAGAGCACUGAGAGCACCGAGGCUCCGAUACCCACGCCCGCAACCGCCGGACCCGUCCAGACGACCACCGGAGUGCCCACGCCACCAGCCGAGGAUCUGACUGCCCUGUUGUUUGCCACGAACACCACCCGUUUGGUGCCUGUGGAGGAUGCGGAAGCGGAGACCACCACGCCCAUUUCAUCGCUGGCCAUCAGGCAGCGGAGGGCGGUGAUCGACACCGAGUACACCUACCACUGCUAUUCCGUCCAGGUUUCAGUGAACGGCACCAUGUCGACGGAUCGCGGUUGCUCGCGGGUGAGCACCAUGGAAGGAGUCUGCGAGCAGCUGAAGUUGCGGAACAACAACACGGAGCUGGCCAACUGCAAUCCGUGCAGUAUGAACGCCUGCAACGGCAGCUCGGCGCUCCAGAGCUCCAUUCUGGCCUCCGUGCUCCUGGCCGUGGUGGCAUUCGCCCUGCAGCGCAACUAGGGACCAGAUCAUCAUCCAUUACCCGGUGCUUUAGUCUAGUAUUCCUCGUUUCUUUAAGGCGAACUCACACUCAUCAGUCCGCGCUCAUAGUUAAGUGAUUCGAAAAUUAUUAUGUAACUUUAAGAUAUACACAAACCCGAAAAUCGAAAUAUAUACAAACGUAAUUGUAUACAAACUUAAUCUAAUCAAAUGUAACGCUUUAAGCGACUUAAUAAAUAAUGAGUAAUUAUUAAAACAA